AUGGCGCCUUCGGGUCAGCUCCCCCGCGUGCGCUCUUCAGAGGCCUCGAUCGAGAAAGGCCGCGCAGCCUACGCGGACCAGCGCUUCCGUGUCGCCCUCGAGCACUUCACCCUCGUCGCCGGGAACUGCCCUUGCUCGAACCCCCGUGGCGGCAGCGGUGGUGGAGGCAACGCAGCGUCCGGAAGCUCGGGCGCCGACCACCAACAGCGCCGCCGUCGGGAGCGAUGCACGUGUCGCGACUUCGGCGAGGCCGCCGCCCGGCACCGCCGCGAGAGGGGCAGCGUCUACGCCGAGGCGACCAAGGAGUGCAGGUGCGGCGCCGAGAAGACGUGGGGCCGCUGUCACCGCGAGGGUCACGUCCAGGCGCUCGACUACCGUGCCGCGUGCUUCGAGAAGAUGGGGAACCUGGACAAGGCGAGGAAGGAUGCCGAGUGGCUGUUGGAGAUUGCGCCGCGGAGGCUGGAGGGUUACAUGAGGCUGGGGAAGAUUUACAGGCUCGAGAAGAAGCCCGAGAUGGCAUGGGCCGCAUGGAGUGCCGGCAUCGAAGUCGGACAGAAUGAGGGGCUGAUCAGGACAGCCAAGUAUGAGCAACUUCGAAAGAUCCGGGAACCGCUGCAUAAGCACUUUUGCCGGAGGGAUCCUCUAGACCUACCAAUUGAACUGAUCGAGAAGAUCUUUUCAUAUUUCGAAUUCCAGGAACUAUGCCGGGUAUCGGGCGUCUGCAAACGAUGGGACCAGUUCCUCGACACCCACCCCUACAUCUGGCGCGAAGUCCACUUCCCGACCCUGAACCCCCAGAAGCCGCCCAAGGUGUCGUUCCUCAAGACGCUCCGAAGGCGCACCGGCGGCGGCGCCCGCAGCCUCGUCGUGCCCAACGCCCACACCUUCCAACUCAACGAGAGCAAGUGGCUGUCGCUCAUCCAGACGACGAACCCGCAGAUGACGAACCGCCUCGAGAUCGGCUACAUCAAGCGCAACCUCGAGGGUGACUGGGGGUACAAGCUGCCGCCGAAGCCGCUCUUCUUCCAGGGCGUCAAAGAGCUGCGCUUCAGCUUCCACGAGAUCACCAGGCCUGAGUACCGCGGCCGCGGCGGCCCACAACCGUUCGUCAGGCAGUUUGUUGAGCGGGCGCGGGAGAACCUCGAGGAGAUCCUGCUCUUCAGCAUGUACCUGCAAGAUCUGGGCUGGCCCGAGCUGCCCCGUCUGAAGGUCCUCCAGCUGACCGGGCCCCUCAACUCGCCGGUGAACCAGCUGACCCCUGAACGUCGAAUCGAUCCUUUCGUCCUCGCCCGGGCAACGCCGAACCUGGAACAGCUCUACAUGGACAACUUUGGCGUCUUCACCGGCGUCGAGUCGCUGUCCCCGCCCGACGACUGCUGGUCCCUCUGGACGCGCCUGCAGGUGAUCAAGCUCGGCAAGGCGUGCGGCGCGCUCUCCAUGGGCGACAAACGCCACUUCCCGCCGCUGCACCCGUCGUCCUUCCGCGUUCUAGACGCCCGCGCCGCGCACCAGGGCAACCACGGCGACUGGCUCCCGCAGCAGCUGCCCCUCGACUACUCGGGCUACCCGGCCGCCGAGGGCGCCGCCGACUCGUCGGCGCCCCUCGUCACGUACCCCAACCUCGAGCGGCUGUGGAUGCCGCGCCUGCCGCUCAGCGUCGACCUCGCCACCGUGCUCCUCGAGCCCGCCAUCCGCUCCGGGAGGCUGCGCGAGCUCGGCCUCUGCUGGCGCCAGGACCCGGGCCAGUUCUUCCCCGGCGCGCUGGCCUGGCUGCGCGGCGCCGCGUCGGUGCGCACGUUCGGCUUCUUCAACUUCGACUUCGAGUCGCACGCGGCGCUGACGCGCGACCCGGCGCACCGCGGCGUCGACCCGAUUGACCUGCUCUUCGAGUUCCUCGAGGCCUUCCCGAACCUCGAGGUGCUCGAGCUGCACUCGGAGCUGUGCGAGCCGCGCCGCAUCGGCGCCGUCAUCGAGCGCGUCGCGCAGCUGGGCCGGCUGAGGCGGGUCUACCAGCGCGCGCUGACGGGCGUGCCCAUGGACCAGCUGCGGGCCUUUUGCGAGGCGCACGGCGUCGAGCUGGUGUACGGCGGCUGGGACGACCUGUUCCCCGUCUCGUUGGAGCCGCUGGGCCCUGUCGAGCCGGUCGAGGCCAUGAUGUCGGAUAUGUUGGCGUUGAAGGAGAACUAA